UGUGGAGAUGUUCUCCUUUUUUUUUUCUUUUUUUUUUUUGGGGUAUUUUAGAUUCGAAUUGAAUAGGGUAGGCUAGGGGUUCUUGCUGUUAAUUAGUUAUGGCAUCUUCCCACGGGACCACGGUAAACCGCUUGGGAUCUGUCGUGGGGGAUGAAUCCGAUGUGCAAGCAGGACUCGUUUGCUGUCCUUUCAUGAGCGGUUCGGGUCCUGGAAAGCUCAACGCGGACUCGAGUGCACGGAAGGAGGAGGUCCGCGGAGUGAUCAUGCUGCAGCAGCAGCAGCAGCGGGUUCCUGCUGCCGCCCACGAUCCCAGCGUCCAUGGCGCUCUCUAUGAUCCCCGCGGGUGGGAGUGGAGUGAUGAGGAAGGUCCGCAGGAGGUAGAUCUGUCGCGCAAGCAGCAGCGGGUUCCCGGUGUCUUCGCUAAGGAUCCCGGCGCUCUUCGUGACACUGUCUAUGGUCCCGAUCCCGAUGGGUACACGCGGAGCGAUGAGGAAGGUCCGCAGGAGGGAGGAGAUCCGUCGCGCAAGCAGCAGCAGCAGGUUCCGGGUGUCUUCGGCAAGGAUCCCGGCGCUCUUCGUGACACUGUCGAUGGUCCCGAUCCCGAUGGGUGCACGUGGAGCGAUGAGGAAGGCCCGCAGGAGGGAGGUCCGUCGCGCAAGCAGCAGCAGCAGCAGGUUCCGGGUGUCUUCGCCAAGGAUCCCGGCGCUCUUCGUGACACUGUCUAUGGUCCCGAUCCCGAUGGGUGCACGUGGAGCGAUGAGGAAGGUCCGCAGGAGGGAGGUCCGUCGCGCAAGCAGCAGCAGCAGGUUCCGGGUGUCUUCGCCAAGGAUCCCGGCGCUCUUCGUGACACUGUCUAUGGUCCCGAUCCUGAUGGGUGCACGUGGAGUGAUGAGGAAGGACCGCAGGGGGGGCAGACAGAUCUGUCCCACAAGCGCCGUACUUGGAAAUUUUUGAUGGAGGGGCAGACAGAACCUCCUCCUCCCAAACCAAGGGGGGAAGAAAGUCUGCGGCCGAUCUCUGACCACCAGGCCUGGCGCGAGUACGAGACCGUCUUCACCAAUGCCAAAGCAGGAAUGGAUGGGGUAGAUAAGCAAAAGCUGCAGCAAGUGGUCUAUGAGAUGAGCAAAGGAUCUCGAUUCUUCGUCAAUGAGCAGCGAAAGGAGGCAACGAUUCUGCAGCGAAUUGAAGGGAUGAAAGAACGAGCGGCUGAGAUCUCGCCGGAGGCCAGGGGCAAGUUUCAGGCGAUGGCGGAUCGACGGUUGCUGGAGCUGGAGGCGUCACGUGACCUGUCACGUGUCUGGAUGCACGUGGACAUGGACGCUUUCUACGCUGCAGUGGAAGCCCUUGAUGACCCGUCCCUGCGGACUAAACCCAUGGCAGUUGGCGGCACGUCAAUGAUCUGCACUGCAAAUUACGAGGCCCGCAAGUAUGGCGUCCGUGCAGCCAUGCCUGGCUUCAUUGCGCGCAAAUUGUGCCCCCAUUUGGUGUUUGUAAAGCCGGAUUUUGACAAGUACACUCGCAUGAGUGAGCUUACACGUCAAGUGUUCAGGGGGUACGACCAACACUUCCUGCCUCGAAGCCUCGAUGAGGCGUACUUGGAUAUCACAGCUUGCUGCAAGCAGCGGGGCAUGUCUGCAAGUCAGAUCGCAGAAGAGAUCCGUGCGCGUGUCUACGAGGUCACCCAGCUCACCUGCAGUGCUGGCAUUGGUCCAAAUCGACUAAUUGCCAAGAUUUGUUCUGACAUCAACAAACCGAAUGGGCAGUACCUUGUUCCCAACGAUCGCAGCGCCGUCCUGUCCUUCAUCUCGUCGUUGUCGAUCCGCAAGGUCUCCGGGAUAGGCAAGGUUUCAGAGAAGACAUUGAAGGGGGUUCUUUCCGUCACCACUUGCCAGGAACUGCUGGACCAUCGGGCCAUGCUUUUUGCUCUGUACUCGAGGAUCUCUGCAGACUUUUUUUUGGCAGUUGGCUUGGGAAUUGGUGGAUCCGAGCACCCGAAGGAGGAGCUCAGGAAGGGCAUCAGCAAUGAACGGACUUUUGCUCCGAUAAGCGCAGAAUGCCAGCUCAUCAUGAAGCUGGAGGAGUUGGCGGGCAUGUUGGAAUCGGAUAUGGCGACCGAGGAACUCCACGGCCGCACUUUGACUCUGAAGCUGAAGACAGUGGACUUCGAGGUCAGAACCAGGUCGGUGACGCUGACCACGUACAUCUGCACAAAAGAGGAGAUGAUGCCCCAUGCAGUGAAACUGCUUAAGGCAGAGCUGCCUAUCUCAGUCCGUCUCAUGGGGCUGCGUCUGUCCAACUUCAAGGAGGCCAGGGUCCAAGUAUCUGACAGAUCGCAGAGAACCAUGUCUGAGUUUCUGUCAAGGCAGCAAGAGAACUCGGAGAAGCAGCAGCAGCAGCAGCAGUUUUUAUCGCAUGCCCACGGCAUACCUCAGGCUACUGUGCAAAUUUACCGAAGGCCGCUUGACGGCCGCCCUUUAGAUGUUGUUGGUGUUGGCGAUGGGAGAGCACCACCGGAAGAACAAGUGGCCCGGCAAAGUGGAUGUCGUGACUUGGCUGCAGUAGCAGCGGACCGUCAGAUGGGCGGCGUAGAAGGCAAAAGUGGCAUGCAGUUGUUGCCAGUCACGGAGGAGUUUCCCUGGGAUGUAAUCUCAGCAGCAGAUGUACAGUCGACGUCAGGCGUCAGCAAGGAACAAAUGCAUGUACGACAAGUUGGUGGGCAAUUGACACGACCAUGCACCGAUGACCGAGUCUGUAGUAGUACCUCGUCGGGAGUUAUUUGUGACGCUUCUAGUGUCCGAUCGGGUUCGUAUUGUGUUCCAUCUUGUCCAGUUGAUGUACAAACAGGUGAUAAAAAAAACACAACUUUGGCGGCCAAGAAGAAGCUGGGUGCAGCAAAUGUUGCAGGUGGUCAGAAUAAGAAGGAGGAGGGAAAAUGCGACAGUCACACCGGUCAAAGGAGCCCGAUGCAAGCUGACGCUUCCCCUAUCGAAGAAGAGUUCCCUCCGGGAGGUACAGAUGAACAGUCUUGGGCUUGCAAAAGGUGUACUCUUGUCAAUGGAAGCGAGCAGGGUAGUUGCGAAGUUUGCAGGACACCUAAGCCAGACGUCGUAGUGAAAAGCGGUGGAAAGAGGCCAUCAUCAUCGUCAUUAUCCUCGUUGCAUACUGGCAACAGAGGACAUUCUUUGCGAGCACAGAAGACUCUGAGUUCAUUUCUUAUGCCGUUGUCGGGUCAGUCUGCGGAGACUGCAUCCCCACCUGCGCCUUCGCCAAGGAUGCGGCGAAAUGGGCCCUCCUGUUUUCCUGUUGGCAUGCAUCCACUGCAACACAGUGAUGCUUCCCCCGAUGCGUCUGUGAACGAUCGGGGACUAGGAGGCAUUACGGCCCAUGCUGUGGCAGUGGAAAGGAGGAGGCUCCAGGAUGGGCACUUGAUGACAACAACAGACAUGGAACAGAAUAGCUGCGACCGCACACCCGGAGUUGUUGGUGGGAUGAGAACAUUGAGUAGACAAUAUUUGCCACAAGUGGAAGCAGAAGAGACCGUAAAGCCGGUUGUUCGGAGUGGAGGGAAAGCAGCAGUUGAAGCAUGCUCUGAAACGAAGGCGGCGUCAAGGGACGCAGGUCCAAACAGAGUUCAUAACGAAGCUGCUGGUGAGUCCUAUGAUGUUAGAGAUCCCGAACGGGGGGAGGAGAGGAGAUGGAGCGGUGAUUUGGCUACAGGAUUCGAGAGGCUUGAUAUGGAUGCUGGAGUAGCGAUAGGAGGGGAGGAGUCUUUCGGGGGUGAGGCAGUGCAGAGCGAUGAGUUCUUGUUGUGCAACAAAGACAGAGCGUCUCGUUCAUUUACCACCGUGGACUUAGCGUCUAAAGAACCAAAUCCCAGUAGAAGUAGGGUUCCGGCAAAGGGUGGAGGGGUGGAGCGGGGAGGGAGGGAGGGAAGUGAGGAGCCAGGUGUGGAGGGGGUAACUGGUUCUCAGGAGAUGGAAUGCAGGAAGGCUUGCAUUGCAGUAGCAGCAGAGGCUAGCGGUGAGGGUGCAUCAGCCGUCGUCCAGCAUGAAGAGGACAAUAGCUGGGUCUGUGAAAUCUGUGGGGCAACAGUUUUCGGGGGGCAGCGGGCAAGGGAGGAGCAUGAAGAUUACCAUCUUGCUCUGGAGUUGGAUAAGCAAGAGAAAGAGAGCACAAGAGGGCUUCAUGAAAGGCCACAAUGGCCAGUUCGAGACAGUGCUACGAAGCGAAGGGCGGCGGGUUCUGGUGCGCAAGGACAGCAGAAGGGAGCAGACAUGGUGCUUAAAAAAAGGCAGAGGAAGCAAGGAACACAUGGAGCACAGCCCACAAAAAAAGAGGAGAAGCAGGUGAAACCCUCUGGAGGCCCAAUUGAUGCAUUUCUUUGUAUAGUGAAGAAAUGAUCGUCCUUUCACAUGCUGACGAAGA